UUUUUUUUGUGUGUGUGUAUAUAUAUAUGAACAACCUUGUUUUUUCUUAUUAUUAUUGAUUCCUUUCUUUAUCAUUCCAAAAUAAGUUUCUUUUUUUUCUUUCUUUUAUUCAUACCCAAAAGUAUACUCCUCUCUGUCUCUCUCUCUUUGUUGCACAUCAUCUACUUUUUGCUUUUAUUUUCAUUAAUUUUACAUUGUUCUAUAGACCAAUGUCUCAAUGGAAAGAAGGUGAUGGUGAUUAUAUACCUGUACACGCUAUGGAGAACGCCACAUUAUUAACUAAAAACAACGUGCCGCACACACCAACGCCAACAUUGACUCUAUAUGAAUUAUCCAACCAAAAUCAUAACUACGUCAAUCCAACUACCUCUUGGAAUUUUCAUGAUACUUCAAGACGAAAACACAACAAUUAUUCAACUACUUUAACAAGUUCAACUUCUGAAUUUGAAACGCGAUCAACAAAUUAUUCUAAACAACAUGAAUGGUCACGAAAUGAUAAAACAGAUGAUAAAAAAUAUUCACAACAUCACUCUCCACCAUCUUCUUCUUCCUCUUCUUCCUCUUCUUCUUCAACAUCAUCUUUAUUUCAUCCUUUGACUCACGGAUACAUGGAUUUACAUACCGAUGGGUCUCCUGUUCGAACAAUGCCAAGUCAAGUGAUUCCUCCUGUGAUUCUUCCAGCCAAUCAUCAUCAAGAUCAUCGUGUUGUUAGCCAAGGAAUGGUCACCCUCGACAACAACCAUAACCCUAAACAACCUCAGUUACAACAAUUCAACAACCAUUCUGAACAUUCCCAUUAUUCAACCCUCAGGGAUUCUCAUCACUCUACCAAAUCUUCUUAUUCGCGGUCCUUUCCUGAUACUUCACAUUCCUUAUUGUCUUAUCAUCAUCAUUCUUCUCAACAAAAUCAUCGUCAUAGUUCUAUAUCAACUGCUGAACAAGCUGCUGUUCAUGCUGCGGCUGCUGCUGCUGUUUACCAAUCGCAUUCAGUCAAUUCUAGUCAAAUGACUUGGUAUGCUCAACAUUCUACUUUUCAGAAAAGUUCACAAAAUGAUUAUCAUCACUCAAUCAAUCCUUCUUCUCGUCCUUCCAAACAUGAAUUAUGUCAAGAUUCUAACUCAGAACCACCUGAAGGUUCAAACUUUGUUCCAAUGAACUCCUCAAGGAUGGAGGGAAUUGAAUACCAUAUAUCACCUUCUACCACUACAACAACCGGUAAUUUUAUGGAUCAACAUCGACAGGCAAAUCAAUGGACAUCAUCAUCACCAUCAUCUCGAACAAAUGAUAUGCAAUCUUUAUUAUCGAUGACCUUCUCUUCCAACGAUGAUGAUUUUCACAACAAAAAAGAUAUGACUGUAACUACUUCUGAUCAGCAAGAUGAUGCGGGUUCUACCGAAACCAAAACCAGUCGGGAUGAUAUAUCUACUGCAACUACUCUAACGGUAUCUGACGACAUCAUCACAAAAUCAAAUCAACGUUCUCCAACAAAUGCCGGUACCAAGAACUCUGAUGCAACAAAGAAAAAAUCGGAAAAACAACAAAAAAGACCACAAACUGGAAAAAGACGAUCUCCCAAUGCCUUUUUCGUUUUUUGCUCGGAUCGUCGUCAAAUUUUGAAACAAGGAAAACCUAAUGCUCGAAAUACGGAUAUCAAUAGACAACUUGGUGAUGAAUGGAAAGCUUUGACUCAGGAAGAACGGGACUGCUACGACUAGAACACCGACGACACUUUUUACUCACCCAACCGAUCCAGCCCCAUUCAGUUUUGCUGCUACCACUACAACUACUACAACCACGACUACUACCACAACUACAACCGUAGCUUCUUCUGGUACUGGUCAACCACCAUCAUCUUCUUCCGAUGAACACAUAGGUAACCAUCAU